UCAUUUCGACGCGCACUUUCAAGCGGAGCGGUUCGUUCGUUUUGUGAGCGCUCAACUCGAUUCAAUUCGAUUGGAUUCGCCAUUCGCCUGCUCUCUCGCUUCGUGUGUCGCCCCACCAAAUACUAUAUAACUAUAACUAUAACAUACAAAAAAAAAAAGCAAAGAAAAAUCAAAUCAAAUACUACUACUCGAAACAACAAAAUCGAGCACACACUCGAAAAUUAUAUACAAAUCGUAAGGCAACUAAAAUAUCAAGCAAACGGCAUGUGGCAACAAAGAGAUUUGUGCAAAUGAAAAAUUUUUAAGCACCAAAAAAGUUGAGCAAUUUUUUACGCAAGCCAGGAGGAAUCCGUAUAUUUUAUAAUCAAUUCAAAUCAAAUCAAAAUACAUAAAUAAGGUGUGUGAGUGUUUCGAAGUGUUUGCUAUCAAAGUUGUAAAAUGUUUGAGCCCUAUGUGAAAAUCAAGAAAAAGCGAAGUGUGAAUGAAAUCUAUGAAAAUGAGAAUUUAGAGCAACAGCAACAUCAUCUUCAGCAGCAGCAGCAGCAACCUGCUACCAGCGAUAAUUGUUGCUGCGAGAACGGCGAGCCUCAGAAUGCGCCUGAAGUUGCAACUGCAACGGUAGCGGCAACAUCUGUGGCAGCAACAUCUGCGGCAGCAACAGUCGCCACAGGAGCAGCGGCCAGCAGUAGCAGCAGCGGCAAUUGCAGUCGCCUGCAGCAAUUGAUAUCGACGCCACCAGUAUUAUUGCGCAGAUCGUCGCUGCAACAGCAGCAGCACCAGCAACAGCAACACCACCCACACACGCCAGCAGCAACGGCAACACCACCGCAACAGCAGCAACAGCAGCAAGCUGCGCCUUCGGUUUUGCAACAGCAUUUGGGUCACCUGAAUUACGAAAGUGGAGCAACUGCAGCAGCAGCAGCAACAGCAGCGGCUGCAGCAGCAACAGUAGCAACCAGUAGAAGUGGCUCGGCAACACUGGCGCAGCAUUUGGCAACACCCAGCAACAUACUGCAGGCGGCAUUCGGCAGCAGCAACUUGCAACACAUACUAACGCGGUCCGCCCCCUCGCCCUCGUCCAGUGCGAUUUCCUCCAACAACUGCAGCAGCGCCUGUGCGGGCAAUACGCACUACAACGGUGGCAAUAGCAACAGUGGCAGUAGCAGCAGCAACAGCAAUCACCACAGCAACAGCAUCAUCGCCAGCCGCCUGUUCGGAGCCGCCUCCUCCUCAUCCUCCUCGUCCUCCUCCUCCGCAUCAGCAUCCUCCUCGUCGGUGGCUGCCUCAUCCUCUUCGUCGUCACACCAUCUGCAUAGCCAUCAUUCGGCGCUGACCAACUCCAUAACGAAUCGCAUCAAUCAGUCCAUCAGGCGGCAUCUGAACCAGCAGCAACAUCACCAUCCCCUCAGUGCAUCCUCGUCCUCCGCAUCGGCAUCUCCAUCUGCAUCCACAUCAUCAUCAUCCUCCUAUCAGCAAUCGUCGGUACAACAGCAACAUUAUAAUUGCGCCCAUCCUGCACAGCAGCAGCAGCACCACCACCAUCACCACAGCAGCAGCAGCAGCAGCAGCAGCAGCAGCAGCAGCAGCCAUCAUCACCACAACAGCAGCAGCAGCAGCAACAGCAACAAUCAACAGCAACCACAACAAUCUCCUCUGUGCCUAGUAUUAUUAGUUAAAUGCCCCAAUUCUAAGGAAUUUUGUAACGCCGCCGCAAAUUUCUGUGAUAAAAGAUUGCCGGUGAACGAAUGUCAGGCAAGCCAAACAGCUAGAGUCACCUCGAACCUGCACGCAUCCAGUAGCACGAUGGCGGUCAGCCGUGUACCAUCGCCGCCCUUGCCGGAAGUUAAUACGCCAGUUGCCGAGAACUGGUGCUACACGCAGGUCAAAGUGGUUAAAUUUAGUUAUAUGUGGACCAUAAAUAACUUUAGUUUUUGUCGGGAAGAAAUGGGUGAGGUACUCAAAUCGUCCACAUUCUCAGCCGGUGCUAAUGACAAACUAAAAUGGUGUUUACGGGUUAACCCCAAGGGUCUCGACGAGGAGAGCAAGGAUUACCUUUCUUUAUAUUUACUGUUAGUUUCGUGUAAUAAAUCAGAAGUCAGAGCCAAGUUCAAAUUUUCCAUACUGAAUGCGAAGCGUGAGGAAACCAAAGCAAUGGAAUCCCAAAGAGCUUAUCGUUUUGUGCAGGGCAAAGAUUGGGGCUUCAAGAAGUUCAUCCGACGAGACUUCCUGCUGGACGAGGCCAACGGCCUGCUGCCGGAGGAUAAGCUGACCAUCUUCUGCGAGGUCAGCGUCGUGGCGGACAGCGUGAACAUCUCCGGACAAUCCAAUAUCGUGCAGUUCAAAGUGCCCGAAUGCAAGCUGUCCGAGGAUCUUGGCAAUCUAUUUGACAACGAGAAGUUCAGCGACGUCACGCUCUCCGUGGGCGGUCGAGAGUUCCAGGCGCACAAGGCCAUAUUGGCAGCGCGCAGCGAUGUCUUUGCGGCCAUGUUCGAGCAUGAGAUGGAGGAGCGAAAGUUGAAUCGUGUCGCCAUAACCGAUGUGGAUCAUGAGGUUCUUAAAGAAAUGCUGCGAUUCAUAUACACGGGCAAGGCGCCCAAUCUAGAAAAAAUGGCUGAUGAUCUCCUAGCGGCUGCUGAUAAGUAUGCACUCGAAAAGCUGAAAGUGAUGUGCGAGGAGGCGCUGUGCGUCAAUCUCUCUGUAGAAACAGCAGCCGAAACCCUAAUAUUAGCUGAUCUCCACAGUGCGGAUCAAUUGAAAGCACAAACGAUAGAUUUCAUAAAUACUCAUGCCACCGAUGUGAUGGAAACCUCCGGCUGGCAAAAUAUGAUCACAACACAUUCACAUUUGAUAGCGGAGGCAUUUCGUGCGCUCGCAACACAACAAAUCCCACCAAUUGGACCACCAAGGAAACGCGUGAAAAUGAGCUGAAACAACAAUGCAACAACUACAAACACACCAACAACAAUAAUAAUAAUAAUAACAACAACAACAACAAGAGCAACUACAAUAACAACAGCAGCAACAAUUCGUACACCAACAACAAUCAACAAUCAACAGCAAGAACAACCAGAACAACAACAAGUAACCCAAACUACUACAACCAACAAUCGAUUCAACAAUCGCAACAGAAAGCAGAACUCCAGUCGAUGCAGUGGCCGCCAUGUGAGAUAUCUGAUGGAUCGAUUGGCGGAGAACCUCAAGAAUGCAUACGGCGGCAAUACUACAAACGCAAUAGAUUAUGUUAAACGCAGACAGAUAAUGCAAAUGCAGGAGCAAAAGCAUAGCGAGCCGUACCGUUUAUUGUUUCGAUUUCAAGUAAUUUAAUUCACUUUGAUAAACUUGAUUUUAAAUGUAUUUUAUUUGUUGAUUUAAUAUUACCUUAUGAUUAAUAUGUUUACGAGUAAUAAUUAUGAAUUAAUUUUAAUCUUAAGUCAAAACACAACUUGAAACAAAAGCAGCAAUUAAAGAAGAAACAACAACAACAAAAACAAAAAAACCUAAAAAAUAAUGCAAACAAAAAAAGAGCAUAAAAAACAAAACGGAAAGUAAAAUAAAUUAAAUUUAAAGUAAAGUAAAAACUAAAAGUAAAAAUCGAAGGCAUAAAUACAAGCAGAAAUAAAGAAAUUCACUGAGAAAGCGUAACUAUUAUUAUUAUUAUUAUUAUGAUUACUAUUAUUACUAUUAUAAUUACCGAUUACUGCGUAUAAUUACAAAGCGUACACUUUGAUUGUGAUGUAUAUUCGAUGAGUAUGACUAAUGAGUAACGAGUAAAUGAGUAAUGAUACGGAUAUGAUAAUGAAGUUGAUUUAUAUAUUGUGUAUAUGUAAACUCGGAAAAAAUUUUCAGAUUCAAGGUUUAAUUGCACCCACCACCCACCAAAAUCGAAGAACUCCCCCAUGAAAUUGAGGAGAAUGUAAAAAUUUAUUGUUUACCCGAGUUCUAAACUUUAAUUUACUUUUCAUCGCUGAAUUCAUGCCUGAACUUUUGUUUUUCGAUUCCCCUCGUCUUUUCUUAAGUAUCUAAAAGUAUCUAAAUUUCAAUAUCAGACGCCUGUUUCUCUUUGUUAAGCGCAAAAUGUAAUUAAUUUGUUGUACAAAACUAUAAAAACAAACAAACAAAGCAUUGUCGAAAUAAACGCAAGCAGUAGCAAUUUGUGUAU